AUGUCUGAAAAUAGUAUGUGUAUUUUAAUUAAUAAUUGUACAACAACAAUAACGAGGACAUCUUCAUCAGGUGCAUUGUAUAAAACAAUUCUUAUUAUAGUUGGCGGUACAAUAUUAUCUUUUUUAACAACUGGUGGUAAUUUACUUGUAUUAAUAUCAUUUCGAAUUAAUAAACAAUUACGUACAGUAACAAAUUAUUUUUUAUUGUCACUUGCUGUAGCUGAUUUUACGAUUGGAUUUUUUUCUAUGCCAAUUUUUUUUACAUUUUUUGAACAAGAUCGUUGGCCAUUUGGUUCAUUUCUAUGUGAUGUAUGGCUUAGUGUUGACUAUACAAUGUCAAAUGCAUCUGUUGCUAAUCUUUUACUUAUUUGUUUUGAUCGAUAUUUUUCUAUAACUCGACCAUUAACAUAUCGGUCGAAACGUACACCAAAACGUGCAUCAAUUAUGAUUGGUUUUGCUUGGGUUAUUUCAUGCCUUAUUUGGACACCAUGGAUUUGGAUUUGGCCUUAUGUUGAUAAAAGACUACCAGAAGGUGAAUGUCGAUUGCCAUUUGCUUCAAAAGCAACAGUGGCAAUACCAACAGCCGUUGCUGCUUUUUAUUUGCCAGUAACAUUAAUGUGUUUACUUUAUUUUCGUAUUUAUCGUGAAACAGUUAAACGUCGAAAAGAACUACAUCUUUUACAAGCUCAAAAUCAUGUAUCAAAUCCUCAAACAACAAUAACAACAAAUAUUAGUUCAAAUGAUCGUAUAACAAAAAAUUUCAGUACCAUAGGAACAACAUUAAUUAAUGAUUGUGAUGAAAGUGUUUCAACAGAUUCUAAUCGUUCACGUGGAAAAGUUUUAUCAAAACAAAACUCUUCCACUAAUAAAUUUGUCUUAUCAAAUAAAAUACAAAAAAAUAAAUUUAAUCGUACUUUUAAUUGUUGUUGUCAUACAAGAAAUUGUGAUCAAACAGUAUCAAAUACAAAUCAAAAUGGAGAUGAGGAUGAUGAAUUUUCAAGCGAACUUCAACCUGCAAUUAAUUCUACUAACGAUCGAAAUAAAACUAAUUCUCAAUCCUUAACAAAUAAUGGAAAAGUCUAUCUUGCUAAUGGUCGUUCAAGUAAUAGUCGUAAUUCAUCAGAACAAACUAAGUCUAUUUUAUAUACUGAUCCAUGGAUUCGUCGUUCUGAUCAACCGCCAGCAAUAAAUGAUAUGUAUAAUCAACAGCGGCAAAAAUCUAUUCAAUAUGAAACUCGUCUUUAUUGCCAUUCAUUAUCAUCAACAUCUGAUGAUCAUAUAUCUCAACAACAACAGCGUCAACCAUUAGUUAAUACUAUUGAUAAAGAUAUUGAAUAUGUUGAAUCACGAUUACGUGGUCAAACAACAAUUUCGCUUCCACCACCUCAUGCGACUACUUAUACACAUGAUGCCAGUUGGCGACAACAUCCUAAACAUAAUUGCAUCGAUCCAUUAUUAGCUUCAUCGAACGAUCAACAGCAACAACAACAACCGACACAUAUUGUCCAUCAAACAUGUCCAAAUACAGUAAAUAUACAACAAAGAAAUGAAAUAAUUGUUCCACCUUCGAAAGCAUUAACACAAAAACUUACAACACCUGUUUCUACAAAUACACGUGGAAGUGUUAAAACUGUAAAAAGUCGUUUAGAAAAAAUGAAAGAUCAAAAAGCUGCUAAAACUUUAAGUGCUAUUUUAAUUGCUUUCAUUGUCACAUGGCUUCCUUAUAAUACAAAUAUAGUCAUAUCAACUAUAAAACCAGAUAUAUUUGAACGUGGAUUUCCAAUGUAUUGGGAACGAUUUGGUUAUAUGUUAUGUUAUAUUAACUCAACGAUUAAUCCAAUGCUUUAUGCCUUAUGUAAUGGAACAUUUCGACGAACAUUUGCUCGUUUACUUCGUUGUCAAUGUCAUCGACGUCACACGCCAACAUAUGUGCAUAAAGCUUAUCGCUUUCAAGCAAAAAAAAGUCUUACUACAAAUAAUAAUAAUAAAAUCUAA